AUGACAGAAGAAAAGAAGGUUGUUAUGUCCGCAGAAGAGCUCUGGGCUUAUAAUGAUGCAAACGAGUUUGAUAAGUUCCGUGGUCAGGAUGUUGAAAGAACAGAAUUUGAUCAUAAAGCUGCAAAUGAUUUCAAAUUCUUCGCUGAAGCACUAUCAAACUCUAAGACACUCGAUGGAAAUGUCGUUCAUCAUUACAACGGCGACAAAGAGUACUCCGACGAUGACGAUCCACAGUUCUUUGACAUUGUUCAGAAAACAAAUUAA